UAGACACCGACGGUCAUUCUCUGGUCAUUCAGCAGAAACAACGAAGAGUAGGAAGCAGGUUCAUCAUCGUAAUUUUCGCCAUUUUGAAUCUUUCCCAGUGGAUUUUAAUUAUAAAUUUGUCGAAUUCUACGAGGCAAUACAUUUGACUGGCAUCUGUUCACACUGGUUGCCACAUUAAACUCUUCAAGAUGGACAGUAGCAAAGGAAGUGAUGAAGUGGCACCUAACCAGUGUCGGAAUGGCUGUGGUUUCUAUGGUAGUGCAGCUACAGAAGGAAUGUGUUCUAAAUGUUACAAAGACCAUCAGAGGAAAAAGCAAAACUCACCAGUCCAACCCUUGGGCCAUCAGACGCAUCAAGCUACCAAUUUAUCGUUUCAAGGUUUCCACGGCAAGGAAAAUGAAGCAGCCUCAUCUAGUCUGAUCCGCUCCAGCAACACAGACACUAAUUCCUUACUCACCACCACCCUUACAAACACAACGGCUCUCACCACUACAGCCAGCAAUGCCAAUGAGAGAGUUCAAGCCCCAGAAAUAGAAGGAGCUACGGCAAAAAGUCCUACAGAUGAAGGGGAACUACCAUCAUGUCCAUCACCCAGCACCUCAUCAGAUUCCCCCAGUGGGUCUGAUAGUCCAGACAAAGGCAAAAAGAAAAGGAACAGAUGUGCAACUUGCCGUAAGAAAGUUGGCCUUACAGGUUUUGAAUGUCGAUGUGGGGGCCUCUUUUGCAGUAUACAUCGCUACUCAGACAAACAUGAUUGUCAGUUUGAUUACCGGUUGCACGGCCAGGAGGAAAUAAGGAAAAACAAUCCAGUCAUUGUGGGUGAAAAAAUCCAGAAACUGUAAUUUGUGCAGAUAUAUGUAAAUUAUAGAUAACAUAGUAUAUCCCUUCCGCUGCGCACAUGACGCAGCAUUUUGAUAGAUCAAAGCGUGUAUCGUUGCAGGGAACACAUUUUCCUCUUAGUCAUUUUAUCAUCUAUGUCAUCAUUAUUCUCAGCACAAAUCUUCAUCUGUAGUUGGAAAAAAUCUUUUGACAGUGUUAAGCUGAGUGUCUACCUUGCUGCAAUGUAAUGAUUUGAGUAGCUGUUCUUAUCUGUUAGAUUAGAGUUCAUGUACAGAAAAAGAUGUGAUCACUUAUCAGUUUGUGAAAUGCUUGGGUAAUAGGCUCUAAUGCACCUGUUGUCAAAUUUCAAGCAGAUCGUAGUGUUCUUGAACAUUUAUUGAAUCGAUCAAAAACAACCCAUUGUUGCAAAAAUUUUGGGGCUCACUGAUUGGAAUUUCUGUUAGUAUUCCUACCACGCAGUGUAAGAAACUUUCAUUGAAAGGUUGAUUCAUUGUCCAUAACGUUCAUAACAUUCAGAUAGGUGUAGAUAAACAGUACCAUGAUUCUGCUGUCACUUGCAGUCACUUAUUGUCCUUCACUGUUUUUCGGGCGGGUAUUGAUCAUUUAUUCAGUGUUUUUGACAGCAAAUGUAAAAAAUGAAUGUUGCCCCUUACCAACAUACAUGUGAGCUUUUCUUUCUUUUGCAUAUUUUGUUUUUAUAAUUGGUUAAGCUCAACCAAAUUUGAGAAUGUGCAUAUUUACGCAAUGUACAAUGUAUCAUAACCUUUUCAUCACAGGUUAUUGACAAGACGAGUGCAUGUACAUUUCACGCCUUUAUUGCCCAAGCAUUUUACACCUGCUGUGAUAUUUGUACCUCUACUAAUUUUGUCUGUAUUAUUUCUCCAGACUUGCUGAUUUCUUGACUUCAAGUCAGAGUUUGUUACAACAUUUAAGGAAUUGUUUAAAUGUGUGGCUAAGCCAUAGAUCAGUUCAUGUUUAUAAAAUGCAAAUUUGAAACGGCUAGCAAUUCAUUUGAAAGAUUGCAGGUUAAGUGAAAAAAGAAUGCUUGAUGGACAUACAUGUAAAGUUGGUUACACUUCAAGAAUUUUGUCAUGUUCCCAUAAAAGGUGGACAAAGAACUAGAAAAUUAUGUGGCUUAGCAUUCAUUAUUUAAACAAUGUAUUCAGGAUAUGCUAUCAGCAGGUUAUAUUGUCUGUCACAAUAACUUGGGCUGUUAAUUAGUAUUUUUUCAACAAAAAAGCAAACCAUUUUUUUCCUGGGAUUAUUCUGUUGUAUUUACGUACCAGUAAUUAUUUGCAGCAUGUUCUUUGCAUAACAAGUAUUCCUCUACCACCGGUGUUCCAAGAUUUAUGAGAGACUGUUCCCCCUUCUUUGUGCAACCAUUGAAUCACAUACCCUGUACAUGUAACUCAGUGUAGCAUUGAAAUUUAUAUCUUCAGCAUGAUAUGCAAUGAUUGGUUAUUUAAACCUGUUUAUUUCUUGGCAUUUUAUAAACAGUCGGAUGGUACUCAUAGUUGGGUUUAGAAAUGCUUAAAAUUAUUAGGAUCUUCAUUUUCGUCACUGAUGUGCAGCUUAAAGGUGGGAGAGAUAGACACUGUUACCAUCUCAACUGCCAAAAUGAAGACCUUGUUUGUAAUGACUGAGAUAGAUUCAGUAUUGUACAGCUUACUUUACAUACACUGUGAGGCUUAGUGUCUCAGUUUGAAUUACAAGAAAUUUGCUAUUGGUCUAGUGCAGUGUUUCAUUAUGGCAGAUGCAUGGGGACUACUCAUGAAAAUGAUUUGAACGAAAGUUACAUUGGAUGAUACAUGUCCAUUGCAGUGACAACACAGCUAUUGAAUGCGUUAGAUUGAAGGAUGUUAUUAGAUGUCUCUCAAUGCACAUGCUUCGGGUUUAAUUAUGUAAUAUGCAUUCUCAUGUAUCUCUUGAAAUGUGACAGGUAUGGUUGGGUUGGAGUACUACUGUCCCACAGAAUGUUGUCACAACCUUCAAACUGCUUUGAACUGUCCCUUUUGAGUAUAGUUCAGGAUGUUCCUUUUACCUGUUUUAAACCUUCAGAUUUUGUUCAGGCCAUACUGCCUUAAUAGCUUGAGCUUUGUAAUGUUCUUUCAGAUUAAGCAGACCUUACAAGUGUGCAGUGAGACAUGAAGCUUAUUGCAUGGUUUUUGUAGUGAGUGUUCACACUACAGUGUAUGUAAUAAUAAGGAUAUACAUGUAAUGGAUUGAAGAUAAUGAGCACAGAUGCCCACAAUAGUGGUUCACACUGAUUAAGGAAUAGUCUCCAAAGCUUGUCAAACAGGUUUAUGGUUUCCCUGAUACAUUCAUGUUCCCCCAGCCACAAUUUCCUGGACCAACCAAUGCUUACAUUUAGAAGCUGCUAUGGGCAAGCUGUACAGUACAUUAGGAAUAGAAAAUCUUGGAAUCUUGGGCUGCAUCCAAGAUGAAAUUCCAGAGCAACAUGUAUUGCCAUGUUUGUUGUUGAAACAAAGCCACUCAUUUGUAAUUUGCUGAACUUAGACCUACCUCUAGACUCAAGGAUUGGAUGUGACCUAAUGCUCAAAUCAGACUUAAGACUUGAUGAUGCUCAGAGUUGUAAGAAGUAUCCUUAUUUCUUCACCCCCAAUCAACCCUUCAGGCAGUACUUUUACAUGUACGUGUAUAUUAAAGUGUUUCAUACUUGAGAUUUUAAUUUUAACCUCAUUUGAGUGCAUGCGAUUGUGGUAUGUAAUGGAUCAAAGUUAAAUUUACAGAAAAGAAAGUAACAGUUGUAUGAUAUUAUGCUAAUCUAGAAUCAUGCUAAUACACAAUUAAUAUCAGAAAGCCUAGCUGUUUAAUAUUGAUUUUUCUUCUUUUUGUUUUGGCCAUAGCAAACUUAAGUGGAGCUGAAUACAUGUACACUGUACAUGUAUGUUCAAUGGUCAAAAUGAAAUUCAAGGGUGAACUUUUCACUUUCUGUAUUGGUUAUGGUAUGAUACGUCCCAAAACUUUAAACAGAGUUUAACAUCAGAUCCAUGUGACACUGUGAAGUUACAUCGAAGCUCUAAUUCUGUGUACAUCUACAUGUAAUAGCAUCACGUUAAUUACUUCUACUAAAUGUCCACGAACAUGUUAUGUUACCUGUAUUAUCAUGGGAAAGAAAUUUUUAAAACUUGCCUGAAUUGUGCUGCCAUGUACCUGUAUACUUUGACCUAAAGCCUUUGCAAAGUGUUCCUGCUUCCCAUUUUGUGAAACAAGUAUAUGAAAUAUUUGUUACACUUAUCUUUCUUUCCACAUCCACUUAUAUUCCAGUGGUUGAAUAAUUUAAAUUUACAUUUCCUGGUUGACAAACAAAAUACUUAUUCCAGUGUAGCUUGCAUGGAGAUCAAAUGUUUUGACUUGUUCUGGCUUUGUUUGGUGUGUUGUUAAUAAAGUAGUGUUGACUAAUAAACCAAGUGAGUAUAAGUUCAAGAAAUAAUUACAGCUACUGGAAUAAUCAGAUUAAAUCCAUUCUGUCCAAAUGUAUCAGUAGAAGUGUUUCAGACUAGAAAUACUCAUAAAAAUGAUGCACAAAGUCAUUUCCCUGACAGUCAAGCUUGGCAUUUGUUUCUUAUUUACUCCAAGUAAAUGGUAAUGUCCUGAGUGCAUAGUGCUUCCAAGUUGAAUGUGACCAUAAGAAUAAAUGUCCUGUCUGUCCAUUUCCCAUCCUCCUUUAUUAGUCUUAUUGUUUUCAGUUUGUAUACAAUGCUGUAGCAAUAUACUAAACACUUGAAUGCACUCCUGAAUAGUAGGAGUAAGAGACACCCAAAAGACAUUUUAGGUAUUCUUUUGUUCUCACUUAACAGAUUACACUUGAUAAGAAUUGUCAACUUUUAUCACACAGCUUAAUUACAACUGUGGUCAUUUCUCUGUUCAUGCUGGUGAUUCUGGAAUUGUGUAGAAUUACAGAAACCUGCCUAUAGGUCUUAGAAUUUAUAAGUAAAUGAAAAUUGUGGUCAUUGGACAAAGGACUCCAAUUACUAAUUAAAACAGAACCGUUAGCAUAUGUGAUUGCAAACCAGAUGUCAUUUAAAACAGUUGCAUGACAAAGUGUCAGCUUAUUUCCAGGAAUUAUCAAUGUUACAUUGAAAGCAUUCUGUUGAUUCUAAGCAUUCUUAAUGUGUGUAGACUCUUUAUAGCAUCAGAAUUUUGUUUGAAUUAUACAGCAACAAAAACUUCAAACCAGUGGAGAAUUGUACUACAUGCACUCUGUAUGCCUAAAUAAAAACAGAUAGGUGGUUUUUCAUACUUUGUGCAGUUAAGAAUCAUUUACAUAAAGCAGUAUGUCAGUAAUUGUCUUCAGAUUACUUUUGCUUGUAAGUUGUAUUUCCCAGAAACCUCAACUCAGUUGUGUGAAGUGAAGAAAGCUGUACAAUUUAACCAAAAAACUGAAUUGCUACAGGGAAAGGGACUAAUUUGUUCUAUUUUGUGUGUAAUUGCUUUUACUGCUGUUCCCAGUUUAAUGAUAUAACUCACAACACAUGGUAGAUUACGCAGUGGAGAGUUGGUGCACUAUUUAAUUUGUUUGAUUUUUUAAAACAUUUAUGUAACCAAAAAUGUGAAAAUGGUAAGCAUUAUUUUGUUUUUUCUUUUUUGGUUAUCUGUAUGUUCAAUGCAUUAUGUCGGGCUUUAAGUAAAUCUUAAUGAAUUAAAUAAUGUCUUUAACCAAGUUAAUUGCUUUGA